GCUGUCGCGACGGGGCUGUUGUUGUUGUGGAGCUCCUCUUGUGCUCCUCCUUCCUGCUCACGGCCUUCGUUACUCCUCUCUUCUUCUCCUGCUCUUCCUGCUUCCUUCCUCUUCGCUUAGGGUUAUUCCAUUACUUCAUCGCAAUGCGACGCUAAUUUGCUUUCGUCGCGCGUUCGGUUCCUUCCCCCGAGUUAUUGCUGACACGUUUUUUAAAGGAAUUUUUGAUGAUCGUCAUCGGCGACUGUGGGGAUUGAUUGAUGGUUUUGGUUGGCCGUGUGGAGGGGUGCAGCUAGGUAGUAGCGCGGUGCCUGCGAUGGGGUUUGCGUUCGGGAGUGCUUGUCACGGGAUGGUUUCUACUCGGUGCCGGUGGUGGUGGUGGUAGAGCUUGAGGGAGGUUUUUUCAGAGGCGAGGAGGGGAGCGUUGUUGUAACGGAUAGGUUGAGGAUUGUCGAGGGUGGCGUGAUCUUGGAUUAGGAGAGUGAAAUCGGGAUAGGUUGCGGGAGGACCGAGGUGUAGGGAUUUUUGUUUUUUGGGUAGUGUUUUUGUUUCUUCGGAACAGUUGAUCGGUGUUUGGUGCCCUUGUGGCCUUCCAGCUGCAAGGACUCCGUACUUAUUUAUUUAUUUACUUAUUCUUGCUUCCCCUCCCCUUAUGUUUUGUAUUCAUUUCAUUUUCAUUAUCAUUUAUUUGAAAUUUUAGAGGGGGGGGAGUUGGUGGUCUGUACACUUUUGUCAUUUUUGUGUGGUAUCGCGGAGGGGGACCUGGUGAGAGGCGGAGGGAUUAUGCGAGUGAGGGAUAGUGAGUGAGAUCGGUGGCAGAGAGAAAUGGUGUCGCAGGUGGUGAAGACGGAUCCGCAUUGGCCUCCUUUGGAAGAGAGUAUGGGACAGGAGAGGUAUUCAUUGAAUUCGGAUGUCGUGCCGUCGUCUUCCGUUCCCGGUUUUCAUAACUUGUCGGCGCCCCAGCCUAUGGAUGGCUUGCAGAGUACCGCGCCCCCGCCGUUUCUGACGAAGACAUAUGACAUGGUGGAUGAUCCUGCCACUGAUCCCGUAGUCUCUUGGAGUACUGGUCACAACAGCUUCAUAGUGUGGAACCCUCCUGAUUUCGCUCAGGAGUUGUUGCCGAAGUAUUUUAAGCACAACAACUUUUCCAGCUUCGUUCGGCAACUGAACACUUACGGAUUCCGUAAGGUUGAUCCGGAUCGUUGGGAGUUUGCUAACGAGGGUUUCUUGCGUGGAAGACGAGAUCUUUUGAGGACUAUUCAUCGGCGCAAACCAGCGACGCACUCUCAGCAAUCAGCGCAACAGCAACAGCAGCACCAGCAAACCGACCAGGGUUCUGUGGGACCCUGUGUAGAAGUUGGGAAAUUUGGGCUUGAAGGUGAAAUUGAAAGGCUGAAGAGGGACAAAAACGUGUUGAUGAUGGAACUGGUGCGAUUACGGCAACAGCAGCAGAAUACAGAGCGAGAUUUGCAGGCAAUGGGUCAACGGCUGCUUACAACAGAGAAUCGGCAGCAACAUAUGAUGUCUUUUCUUGCCAAAGCUAUGCAGAAUCCAAGCUUUUUGGCUCAACUUAUGCAACAAUCAGAGAAUAAGAGACUUGCUGCAACCGUUCGGAAGAAACGGCGUCUUCCUAAACAGGAUUCUAGUGCAGAUGAUUCAGUUAGCUCAGAUUCCCCAGCUGAUAAUCAAAUUGUGGCUUUCCAUUCUAAUGGAAAUGCAGAUGCUAAUGGAGCUCGGGCUAUGAUUAUGCAGUUUUUCAACUCAACAGAUGCUGCAUCCGCACCUAGUCUUGAUAGUGGUCCCCUUGAAGCCUUGUUUAGGGAUCUAGGCUCCGCCCCUUCUGGUCCUGACGCACUGAAUCGACAAUCUGGCGUCACGCUCACUGAAAUGAAUAUAUCCGGCCUUGGUGAUGCUUUACCUGGACCGGCUGUCAUGGAUGCUUCAACUGAAGUUCCUGACCUGCCAAUGCCCCAACAUCUGACAAGUCGAAUUCCAAGACUAGAAGGUGCCCUAAGUAUGAACAAAGGGAGUAUUCACUCUGGUGCAGAAAUCAAGCCCGAGGAUAUCACUGGAGAGUCCAUGGAAUUUGCCUCAGAAGGAGGCAGAACUUCAUUAGAGGGAGAUGAAGUGAUAUCGAACCUCGGCAGCCCAGCCGUAUCAGCUGCUAACGAUAUAUUUUGGGAGCAAUUCUUGAGUGAGACUCCAUCAGGAGUAGAUCACGAACUAGAUGGUGAUUUAGAUUUAGGUCCUCAUGACAAAGAGGCUGAUGGAGAUGAGAUUGUGGGGGAUUCAGUUGAAAUUUUAGCUGGUGACGAACAUGGUGGGGAAGUGAAAAAUUGGUGGAGUAAGAAGCCUAGUGUCGAGCAGUUGUCUGUUCAAAUGGGACAGCUAGCACCUGGGUAGGGACUAAGGGUUGUUUCAGGGCAAACAUCUUAAUGUAUGAAGCAUGGGUAAAUAGAGGCGUUUCUUGUUGGCUCAAUAUUCGCUAAGGCACUGCAUACUGGACAUUGCUACGACCAUUAUUGUAGGUAAUUUAAGAUGGUCUGAUCAUGCAUCCAAGUGUACAUUCACGCUGAAGUUUCUGGUAUAGUUCGUAGUGGGAGAUGGUGGGUGUUCUCCAGGGGAGAUCAGAACUACCUGGAUUUGUAUCAAGUAGAGCCCAAGCUGUAAUCGAUCAUUUUGCACUCAGCUGAGUGUGUAUGUCCA